CAGACAAGAUGGCGGCGCCCACGUUGCGGCUCUUCUGGCUGGGUCGCCGUUUCAGCUGGUGCAAACGGCUGGAGGUCCGGCCGUCAGGUCAGCGUGAGAGCCACUCGGGGCCACAGGACCUGCUAGUGACGCAAAGAAAGCGAGGUCUGUUCAAGGAAAUCUUCCCAGCAAAGGGAGUGGACUUGGAGCUGCCGGAGCUUUUGGCCAGGGGAGCCGAGGCUGGCACCACACAAACUGUAUAUUGCGGGUUCGACCCCACAGCGGACUCGCUGCACGUCGGUCACCUUCUGACCGUUCUUGGGUUGCUGCAGUUUCAGCGCGCUGGUCACCAUGUCAUCGCUGUAGUCGGCGGUGCCACCGCGCGCCUUGGGGACCCCAGUGGCCGCACCAAAGAGCGGGAAGCUCUGAGCGCGGAGCGCGUGCGGGACAAUGCCCGCGCCCUGCGGGAGUCUCUGGAGCGCCUCUCCGCCCACCAUCGGCGCUUUUUCCACGAUGGGCGGACGUGGGGCACCUUCACCGUCCUGGACAACUCCGCGUGGUACUCGCAGCAGUCGCUGGUGGACUUUUUGGCCGCCGUGGGUGGCUGCUUUCGCAUGGGGACGCUGCUGAGCCGUCAUAGUGUGCAGUCGCGACUGAAGAGCCCGGAGGGCAUGAGCCUGACUGAAUUCUUCUACCCAGUCCUCCAGGCCUACGACUUUUACUACUUGCACCAGCGCUAUGGGUGCCGCAUCCAGCUCGGAGGCUCGGACCAGUUGGGCAACAUAGUGUCUGGAUACGAAUUCAUCCACAAGAUGACUGGAGAAGAUGUAUUUGGAAUCACUGUUCCUCUGAUUACUAGUACAACUGGAGCUAAACUGGGAAAAUCUGCUGGCAAUGCUGUUUGGCUAAACAGAGACAAAACAUCUCCUUUUGAAUUUUAUCAAUUUUUUGUCAGACAGCCUGAUGACUGUAUAGAAAAGUACCUUAAACUCUUCACUUUUUUACCCCUUCCCGAGAUUGAAGAUAUAAUGCAGAUGCAUACCAAGGCACCAGAAAAAUGGGGGCCUCAGAUACGACUUGCAACAGAAGUAACAAAAUUUGUUCAUGGCCAAGAAGGAUUACAGUCUGCCAAAAGGUGUACACAAGCCCUUUAUCACUGCAGUAUAGAUGCGCUUGAAAUUAUGUCUGAUGAAGAGUUAAAAGAGCUAUUUAAAGGAGCUCCAUUCUCUGAAUUGGUUCUUGAUCCUGGAACAAGUGUAUUAGAUAUAUGUCGCAAAGCAAAUGCCAUUCCACAUGGUCCAAGAGGGUACCAAAUGAUUACAGAAGGAGGAGUCAGUAUAAAUCACAAACAAGUAACUAAUCCAGAAAGUGUUCUAGUAAUUGGACAACAUAUCCUCAAAAAUGGACUUUCUCUACUCAAGAUAGGAAAGAGAAAUUUCUAUAUCAUAAAGUGGCUUCAGCUGUGAUGAGAAAAUUUAUGACCUACUGAUUAAUAAAAAUUUUAUGCCAGCAGUCUAAAGAU